AGUCAAGUUUCAGGGUCUAUAAAUCGUCGCCUGGGGCUCGUAGAGCCGUCAUUUCUCGUUGCGCCGACCAUGGCGAAGGACGGCUGGCGUCACUCUUACCUGCAGACCGCUCCGAACGUCACUAUCCACUUCGUGGAAGCCGGCCCGCCUACCAGCCAACUGGCUUUCCGUAUCCAUUACACCUUGGAGUUCUGAGUUUCACUGCACGCCUCAAAGCAUGCCCGUCGUCGUCGCUUGUUCCUUGUUCUCGUAGCUCGUCGCUCUUCGCUCGUCGCUCGCAGGUCGUUCUGCUGCACAGGUUGCACGAGUUCUCGUACAUUUGCCACGAGUUCUGAGGCGCCUCAGAAUUUGUCGUCUAUUACGCACAUUCUAACGCUCGGUUUUUGCUCGUCGUCGGUUGUCCUUGUCGCUCGCAGGUCGUUCUGCUGCACGGCUUUCCCGAGUUCUGGUACACGUGGCACAAGCAGAUUGCUCCGUUAGCCGACGCGGGGUUGCGCGUGGUCGUUCCGGACCUAAGAGGCUUCGGCGAAUCUUCGCGGCCGGCGGGAUUCGCAUCGUACAGUCGCCGGCAUGUCUGCGCUGACGUGGCGUCGCUCAUCUCGCACUGCCUUUCCCGUGCGACAGAUGCGGCGACAGAUGUGGCGACAGAUGCUGGCGAAGCUGCGAGUGCCAUCAGCAGCAGCGUAGUGGCUGGUGCUGGUCGCACGUCGCCUGUAACGGCUCCAGGCGAAAGUGGUUUGCGACAAAGAAGCAGCGAGCGCGGCGGAGAGCGGAGGAAGGCUGACGUGAUGGGUCAUGGGUGGGGCGCCUUCAUCGCAUGGGCCAUGGCCUCGGACCAUGCACACGUCAUUCGCCCCGAAAACCCCACACUCCACCUCCACCCUACCCCGCCCAAUCUGCCUUUUCAUCAGGUGGGCCACGGUUGGGUCGCCUUCAUAGCGUGGGCCAUAGCCAUGGACCCGCAUCUCAUUCGCCGCGUAGCUGUGCUCUGUGAUGUGGGUCACGGGUGGGGCGCGUUCAUAGCGUGGGCCAUGGCCAUGGACCAUGCGCACCUCAUCCGCCGUGUGGCGGUGCUAUGUGGGCCCCACCCCGUGGUCUUCCACCGCUGCCUGUCCAUCUGGCAACCAUUGACUCUGCUGCGAUAUUUCUACUGGUUCCUCUUCCUCGUCCCAUGUCUUCCCGAGUGGUUCCUUGCCCGAAACAACUGUGCAGCGUUACAGAAGGUGUAUCGCCAGGAGCCCCUGCGCCCACUGCCCCCUGCUGACGUGCAAAGCCACGUGGCAGCCUUCUCCACCGAUGGUGCGCUGACAGCUGGCAUCGCGUACCACCGGGCAUUCCUCAGAGGGUUGUGGCAGUUCGGAUGUCCUGUAACUGUGCCCCACAGGGUGCUCGUGCUGUGGGCGGGAAAGGACAAAUAUGCCCGCCCGCAUAUGGCUGUGCCGCCGCCCUCCCUUGUGCCCAAUACUCAAGUUGUUCAUUUCCCCGAGCUCACCUAUUGGAUGAUGUGGGAUGAUCCACAUCAAGUGAACGGUCGUUUGAUCGGAUUCUUGUCAUCAACGGAUAAUGGAAUGGAAUAGAGACAAAGUGAAAAUUGAGUCUACUGCAUCUCUGAGUUAGCACAAAAGCACCUUGUAUCUCAUUCUAGUCAAGUUUCGAAGGGGUUGUACUCUCUAAAAGUACGCACCUAUCCAGAUUAUAAGACAUAUACAUAUAUGUUUUGACACACCCCUAGUGAUAAAUUCAUACUUCAGCAUAGGUAUGUAAGUGGUUCCGAUAGAUAUUAUCGAGUGACCCUGUAGUUACCAUCCAUAGAAUGACGUCAGCAAAUAGUGCUCGC